CGGCUCAUGAGCCCGUGGCCGCUAGAGCAGGGAGGGCUUUGAUGAGGCAUGGUUUGCGAGGAUCUGGUUCAGUUCAGCAACGAAGAGGAGGAUCAGCUUCGACAGCAGUGCGAUGCGUUGGAACAGCGGUUGCGCCAGGACUCCUUGAGUUUCGAGAAUGAGGCGUUGGAGGUGCAGUUGAUGCAGAUUGAGGAUGAUCAUGCGCAGCUAAGAGAGGAACUACGGAGCACUCGCGAGUUCUAUGCGCGGCGGAUUGCUGAAAUGACGGCCGAGUUGGAGGACCGGGCCCGUGUGACAUGCACUGCCAAAGGCCAUGCUGACUGUUUGGGAGCACUACUUGUCUUCCAUGAGGACAACGGGCGUUUGGCAGGGAGCUAUUGGCAAGCGCAGUGCGAGAAGCGCGAUGACAGCAUCAGGUUCCUUUCACUGAAGUUGCAAGAGUACACAGUGCCUUCUUCCGAGUAUCGGUCCAGACGGCCACAUGCAGGCUCUGUGAUGGCUUCUAUUUCUGAGGAGUCUUCGCCAGUGCCAUCGAACUCGACGAAUGGUGCAUCUUCUUCCGAGAGACCAGGUGUCAAUCCAACCGCUCUCAAAGCUGCAGAGCGCGCAUUUCAGGCCUUGAGUGAUCGCCAUGCCUCUCUGUGUGAAGCGGUGCAAACUGCGGAGGAGAAUGCCCUUGAAACGGAGCAAAACAUUCAGGCCUGCGAACUUCGGUCUGCCGACCUGGACACUCUCCAUGUAUUUACUCUGUUGCAGGGCCAGCCUACUGACGAGAUACUACCUCUUGACGCUGUGCAAGCCAAAGUUGCAGCCUGCAAUGAGGUGUUGGCUUCGACGAGACAACUGCCCGACUGGUCGCAGCGCUGUGCAUGGCGCGAUGAGCUGGACAUUCGGGCAGGACAGUUGGAGCGAAUUUCGCUGCAGUUUGAUACCACCAAGCGCUCCCUUGAUGCUGCAAACGAGGAGCUUCAGUGGCAAGCUACCAGUGCUGAAGCCCUUCGAAUACGUUUGGCCGAUGUUUUGAGAGCUACAGCUGCUGAGGAGCGCCGAAAUCAGGAAGUCUUGUCUGAAGAGAUGAGAAGAAGCCAAGCUUUGCAGGCGCUUCUGUCUCGUUGGACACAGCUCCGACCAGAUGCACCACUGCCACCUGCGUGUGUUCAGGCUCAGCAGCUGGUGCAGGAGACAAGCUCGGUGGAGUCCUGACAUGCUAGGACAAUUAGACAUUCUGUACAUAGGCGCUUUCACUGUACAUAGGCAGGCUCGACCUGUGUUGAGUAUCCGACCGCGCAAAAGGACAUUUGGA